CCCCAGGCCGGGCAGCCCCGACGCCCCUCGCAGCACAGGCAGGUAGGGGGGCUUGGAAGGACACCCGGACCCUGCUCGGGGCGGCUGGAGCCGGCAGCACCGGGGGGCUCCGGGGCGCUGCCUCCUGAUGCGCAGGGGUGGGGGCGUCCCUUGGAGAAAGAUUCCCUCUCUUUGUUCAGGAGCGUAAGGUUGCUUGCUGAGCACAAGAAGAUGUUUCUGUGGCUCUUUCUGCUUUUGUCGUCCCCAGCUGCUUCUACAAAUGCAGAUGCCGACACCUCCGUGGAAAUUUGCAACGUGUGCUCCUGCGUUUCGGUCGAGAACGUGCUGUAUGUCAACUGCGAGAAGGUUGCAGUCUACAGACCAAAUCAGCUGAAACCCCCUUGGUCUAAUUUUUACCACCUCAAUUUUCAGAACAACCUGCUCAUUAUUCUGUAUCCAAAUACAUUUCUUAAUUUCACCCAUGCGGUGUCCCUGCAACUGGGUAACAAUAAAUUGCAGAACAUCGAGGGAGGAGCCUUCCUGGGUCUCAGCGCACUAAAACAGUUGCACUUGAACAACAAUGAAUUAAAGAUUCUCCGAGCUGACACUUUCCUUGGCAUCGAGAACUUGGAGUAUCUCCAAGCUGACUACAAUUUAAUCAAGUAUAUUGAACGGGGAGCCUUCAAUAAGCUUCACAAGCUGAAAGUCCUCAUCCUUAAUGACAAUCUGAUUUCAUUCCUCCCUGAUAAUAUUUUUCGAUUUGCUUCUUUAACCCAUCUGGAUAUACGAGGGAAUCGAAUACAGAAGCUUCCCUACAUUGGCGUUCUGGAGCACAUUGGGCGAGUGGUCGAAUUGCAGCUGGAAGAUAACCCUUGGAAUUGUACCUGCGAUCUCUUGCCUUUGAAGGCAUGGCUGGAGAACAUGCCCUAUAACAUCUAUAUUGGGGAAGCUAUCUGUGAAACUCCCAGCGAUUUGUAUGGACGGCUUUUGAAAGAAACCAAUAAGCAAGAGUUAUGUUCCAUGGGAACGGGGAGCGAUUUUGACGUGCGCAUCCUGCCUCCUUCCCAGCUGGAGCCUGGGUACAGCGCACCUAAUGGCCACACCACGCAAACAUCAAUGCACCGAUUAGUCACCAAGCCCCCGAAAACUACAAAUCCUUCCAAGAUCUCGGGAAUUGUAGCCGGCAAAGCGCUUUCCAACCGCAAUCUCAGUCAGAUCAUCUCUUAUCAGACCAGGGUUCCUCCUCUGACUCCUUGCCCCGUCCCGUGUGUUUGCAAAACACAUCCGUCUGAUUUGGGAUUAAGCGUCAAUUGCCAAGAAAGAAAUAUAGAAUCGAUGUCUGAACUGGUACCGAAACCUUUAAAUGCCAAGAAACUGCAUGUAAAUGGCAACUACAUUAAGGACGUGGACACCUCAGAUUUCAUUGAAUUCGAAGGGCUGGAUUUGCUACAUUUAGGCAGCAAUCGGAUUUCAGUAAUCAAAGGGGAGGUUUUCCGCAACCUUACAAAUUUAAGGAGAUUGUACCUUAAUGGCAAUCAGAUUGAGCGGUUGAGUCCCGAAAUAUUUGCUGGCCUCCACAAUUUGCAGUAUCUGUAUUUGGAAUACAAUGUUAUCAAAGAAAUUUUAGCAGGCACCUUUGACUUAAUGCCCAACUUGCAGUUACUCUACUUGAACAACAAUCUGCUGAGAAGUCUGCCAGCGUACAUUUUUGCUGGUGCUCCCCUUGCUAGACUGAAUCUAAGGAACAAUCAUUUCAUGUAUUUACCUGUAAGUGGCGUUCUUGAUCAGCUAAAAUCUCUUACACAAAUUGAUCUGGAAGGUAAUCCGUGGGACUGUACUUGUGAUUUAGUUGCUUUAAAACUCUGGCUGGAAAAGCUCAACGAAGGAAUUGUGGUGAAGGAAUUAAAAUGUGAAACGCCCGUUCAGUUUGCUAACAUUGAACUAAAGUCGCUCAAAAACGAGAUCUUGUGCCCUAAACUUUUAAACAAGCCGUCUGCGCUGUUCACGAGUCCUGCUCCUGCCCUCACUUUUACUACACCCCUGGCUCCAAUUCGGAGCCCUCCCGGUGGCCCCGUUCCAUUAUCCAUCCUGAUCUUAAGCAUAUUAGUCGUGCUCAUUCUAACGGUCUUCGUUGCUUUUUGCCUCCUCGUCUUUGUGCUUCGGCGCAACAAAAAACCAACCAUAAAGCACGAAGGCAUUGGGAACCAAGAGUGCAGUUCCAUGCAACUGCAGCUAAGAAAGCACGACCACAAGUCGAACAAAAAGGAUGGACUAUGUGCAGAGGCCUUCAUUCCUCAAACCAUUGAGCAGAUGAGCAAAAGUCACACCUGUGGCUUGAAAGACUCGGAAACAGGCUUCACGUUUGGUGAUCCCCAAGGGCAAAAAGUCAUUCUGAGAAACCUGAAUGACAAGGAAAAAGAUUUGUUGCAUGUGGAUACCAGGAAAAGACUUAGCACAAUUGAUGAGCUGGAUGAGUUGUUCCCUGGGAGGGAUUCCAAUGUGUUUAUUCAGAAUUUCCUUGAGAGUAAAAAAGAAUACAACAGCAUAGGAGUCAGUGGCUUUGAGAUCCGCUACCCUGAGAAACAACAAGACAAAAAAACCAAGAAAUCGCUAAUAGGUGGUAAUCAUAGUAAAAUUGUAGUAGAGCAAAGAAAGAGUGAAUAUUUUGAACUAAAAGCUAAACUUCAAGGUUCACCUGACUACCUACAAGUCCUUGAAGAACAAACAGCUUUGAAUAAAAUAUAGGUCAUGCAAUCUUAUUUCCUACAGAGGACAUUUAUUUAAUGAUGAAAGUGCCUUUUGUUGACUUUUAACUUCCAAAUACAAUAUAAUAUUGGUAGGCAUAGAGGCAGGUGUAUCCAAGGGUGUCUGAUUAACUGUAGCUGCAUCUGGUUUGUCAAGUAGAGGAGAAAGUCCUUAAUAGAUUUUACUACAUAAAGCUCGUGCCCUGUGGAAUCCUGUAGGGAUACUGCAAACUCUAUUGCCAAAGGGAUGCUUUAUAUACACAUUACACUGAAUUUAACCUCAAGAGGCAUAUAUGUUUUGUACCUUAAAUGCAAAACCUUCGUCUCCUUGUGAUUUGUUAGAGCAAACACAAGAAAACUGGUACCAGAGUUUGUACCUCAGCUGGGUCCUUCAUCUUGCACGUGGAUUAAGGUGGUGGAACUGGAGCAAUCCUUUGAUUUGUGGUGUUGUAAUGGCACUGUUUAAAGAUUAUCUGAAAAGUAAAAAGCAUGCAAAGAGAGAACAUUCGAUAGUAUGUGUAAAUUGGUUACAUUUAUGGCCUGCAUCUUGAAACCACUGGAUUUAUAAUGUUAAAUUGUGCAAAUAUUUGUUUAGAAUAUACCAUGCAUUACAUACCUAUGAAAUAAAUCUGACCACUUGAAGCAUACCUGUCUAUAUAUAAAAUUAAAAAAAAAAAAAAGAAAGAAAAAAGUUCCAACUGACGUCAACAGCAUUUGUGCGAUUUGAAGAAAACAUUUGACAUUUAUGCAGAAUCUAAUGUAUGACUCAAAUCCAAUUAAGACUAGAGGUCCUUCUCAGUUACAUGAAACACCUACAACCCCAAAAGGUUGUCCAAAAUUUUCAAAGUGCUUACUGUGUGAGCGUAGCAGAAAUUAUUUUUGUAAUAUAAUUCAUAUUUAUGAAAUACUUUGUAUACUAAAUAGGAAGAUAUGUACUCCUUAUUAUGUAUUUAAUAUGCCUGACUUGUUUUCCUGAUCACAGUGCAUUAAUCAUUCAAUAUAAAUUAAAACAGAACAAUAUACCAAACAGAAACUGGUGAUGAAAUGUAUAGCGUUAUCUGGAAUUACGUGAUCAGGUCUAAUGAUAAUAAUAAAAAUCGUUCUGUACUAUUCUUGUGAAAUUAGCAUAUUAUCUUAUUUCAGAUUUGUUACCAAUGGUGCAUUUUAAAAUAGAGUCAUUAGUUUUUUAGUAUUGUGUCUCAGGCAAUUAUUUGCCAUCAGUUGUCUUGCUUUUCAGGGUUCUACAGCUUAAUCUAAAUAGUUUUCACUACAAGUAUUUACAGGAGUUCAUGAGUAAGGGUAAUACUUUACGUGUAUAUGCAUCAAUUUUCCAUUCUUCUCUAUCUGGCGGCUGUCAGUCAGAUAAUCGGUCAGAACAGUAAACCAUAUGGCAAUUGUGUUUCUUACAGCCACAUUGUAAAAUGAAUAUAGUGAUCUUGGUUCAGUCCAGAGUACUUUGUAGUCUGUAUCUAUAAAGAGUAAAAAAAAUUGCCUUUGUGGAAGUUGAAUCCUGAGUUGUUAAAAAGCAAACUGGUCAGGAGAAUGGAAAAUAGACCUUUUUUAUUUUACUGAGAGAUGAUAACUUCAGGUCCAAAUGGGCAUAUUUUGGUAAAGCAUCAUACAGAAAAAUAAUGUUACUAGACUGAGCCAGAGUCCAGUGAAGUCCACAUGAAUUUCUCCGUUGACUUCAGUGAGCGUUGGCUCAGGUCUGCCAUCUAACUUGCCUCCAUAACCUUUUUUCCCCUCCACCUUUUCUAAUCAAUGCAUAAAUCAAUCAAGCUGUAAUAGGAAAUAAACAUUAAUGUUUUUCAUGGAUUUCAAGUGGCAGAUAUUACAGCAAGGCCCAGUAUCACCACUGUGGUUGAGGCUGUGUCAGCAUUUUCCAUGGUAAACCUCUAAUUUCAGGACUUUAUAACACUGCUGUAAAAUUUUAUUCUGGGAUGGUAUUUGGCAUAUAGCCUGGAGUAAUUUUUUUUAAAGAAAGUUUUAAAACACUCAGUGCUUCUUUACUUAAAGAGAAAGCAAAAAAAAAAAAUGUCUUUCACAUUCAGCAUCAUUUGUUUAUGCUCCUGUGAUUUCAAAUAGGUUUCUUUAUUAUUAUAGUAUUAUUAUUUUUCCCCUGAUUAGGAAUUUAAGAUUUUUUUUUUUAAACAAGCAAAUGGCCAGGUUGUUUAUCUUUGAAAAAGCUGCUACUAUCCAUGCACAAUAACUCAUUUCAUCCAAAAUGUCAUAGGGAUUUUCAGGAUCCGGUUAUUAUGCAGUCCUGGUAUAAAAGGUACCUAGCUGCCUGUUGACAUGAUACACUGUCUAGGGCUGUGAAGAAAGUGUUUUAGUUUAUUGUGUCAAGAGCCUGUGGAUUAAGGCAUCUUAAAGAUGCACUGACAUGAUAGAACAUAAUGGCUCCAUCAGCAAUCUGAGGAUAAUGGGUCAUUGUGACUCUGCCUCAGCUCAGUGCUACCCACCUUUGCGAAUGUGUCAAGGUUCACUGGGAUUUGUCAAGGCACAAGGCUUUUACACACACUUCACUGCAUCAUGUUCUCUCUCAGACCCUUCAGCUGAAAAGACCCGUCACAGCAUUCAUUUAUUAAAUAUGUACUUUAAUGCUUUUUAAGUCACGUUAAGGUCAGAUCUUUGUGGGUGACUUUGACCUGAGUUAAAUGAACGGUUGCGAAGGGUGAAUGCACCUUCUGACUGGGUUCAGGUUCCCCUGUUUUACAGGGGGUAACCUGUUCUCUGUAUAAGGGAGGAAGUACUGUACCAUCCUUAUCUUUUAAUUGUACUUUUAAACCCUGGGCUAGCGAUGCAUUUGAGCACAUGCUUAACUCUAAUCCCAUGCAGUCCUGGUAAUCAUGAGCUUAAAGUUUAGCCACUGCUGCUACUUAAGUGACUUAGACCCCUGCUACAUGUUAUACCCAUGUCUAUAGCUAUAUCUAUCUGUA